AACAUCCCUCUUGUGCACACCUUUUGCUCUGGCUAAUUAAGGCCCCAUCUCAAGCAGGCGAGAAAGUUUUGUACCUGCUGCUGCUGCUGCUGCCUUCGAAAAAGGAUCCCUGCGGGACAGAGAAAAAUAGCCAUGAAGCUGUUCGGAACAGCCCUCCUCUCCUUGGCUUUGUUCAGCCUCUGCUGUGUUGGUGCAUACGAAUCAACAACAACCAGCAAUACUUGGAAAACUACUGGUUUCUCUACCAAAGGUGAAAGCAGCACAACAUCCACAGGCACUGUAUUCUCUUCAUCAACCAGAAACAAAACUACUUCUGAAGUUGUUACCAUAGAAUCUGCAACUUCAUCAAAGACAACAGUCCUACCAAAAACGGUUGCUACGUCUAAAUCACUAUCAACAAUCAAUGACACGGUUUUCCCAGGAAGAGUUGAAUCAUCAACCCAAGUUUCAGUGACUUCCAUGUCUUCCUUGACUCUAGCAACUGCUGGCCCAAAUGACAAGACAACUGGGAAGCCUUACUCGCAGAAAACUACCUCAGGCACACUAACAAUAAACCCAACUGAAAGUGAAGAUGAAAACAAAACUAAAAAUGCAGCAGGCCAGGAAAGAAAAGACGACGCCUCUUACAGUGGUAUUAUUUUGCCAGUGAUCAUUGCCUUGAUCGUAAUAACCCUCACUGUUUUCCUUCUGAUGGCUUUGUACAGAAUGUGCUUCAGGACAACUCCAGAGAGACAAGAGAAUGUAACUGAACAAUCCCCGUCAGAUAAAGAGAAUGUGAAACUUAUUUCUGUUAAGACAACUUCUCCAGAGAUUGGAGAGCAGUCUCCUCAAGGGAAGAAUAAACCUCGUCAGCACAACGAUUCUUCAUCGCACCUGGGCAACAAAUGUGUGUGAAGAAUUCCUAUUUCGUUAUUUCCUCCUGAAAGGAACUCUUGCCAACACAGGACUUUCUUGGUGGUGUGAAUCAAUGGCAUCUACACAUUUACAAUCCGAAUGUACAUUGAAUGUACUUACUUCUCCAUAGUAUUUUUUUUUAAUCUACAUUGCCACAUUUUCCAUGUAUGCCUGCUGUUUCAUUUCUGGAAGUCUCUUGUACUUUUUCCAUGAAUGUCUGCAUGUCUGAUGUAUAAUACAUAUUUAUUGUUUUCCACGUAUGCCAAGGCAUUGAAAUAUUCACUUCUUACAAAAA